AUGAGUUGCUUGCCCUGGCUGAAGCGGGCGUCGCGGAAGCCCUCGAAGCAACGACAGCCGCCAGCAGAUAUAGAACAGAUAGAGAAAGAAGAAGAAGAAGGUGAAGAAGGAGUGCCGGUAUUUUACCCUCUGUAUGACCCCAGGCGUGUGGAUCCAGAUCGCCCAGAGCCUCCGCUGUUAGAUCAACGUGAACGCCAACGCCAAGCAGCAGCAGCAGCUGCUGCAGAAGGAGCAGCACUUGCACAAAGCUUCAGCAAGCAACUUACAGACAUUCCUACUGAACUCCGCGACAAAGAACCGCAGCAGCCGCUGCGGCAGCAGCAGCCACCGAAGCAGCAGCCGCCCCAGCAGCAGCCGCCCCAGCAGCCGCCAUCGCCGCAGAAGCCGCAGCAGCAGCCGCCGCCGCAGCAGCAGCCGCCGCCGCAGGAGCUACCGCCGCCGCAGCAGCAGCCACGUAAGCAGCAACCGCAGCAGCAACCGCAGCAGCAACCUCAGCGGCAGCCGCAGCAGCAGCCUCCAAUGCCGCCGCCCGCUCCUACUUCAAUCACCCCUAAGACUGCCUCCAUGAGCAGCCGCAGCAGCCGCAGCAGUCGCAGCAGCCGCAGCAGCUGCAGCAGCAGCAGCAGCAGCAGAAUGAGUAGUACAAGUAGAGGAGAGGAGGGGGGCGAGGACAGCGCCGUAGAUAUAAUGAGUUUGCCUACGGCUCCAACAACACCUCGGAGUGUAUAUACACUGCAGCGCAGCAAACAGCCACGGCUGCUGCUGCUGCAGCCCCACGUAAAUCCGCAUCCAGCAACAACGCGCAUGCAGAGGGAGGCACGCCGCUGCAUGCUGCGCUGCAUGCAGCUGCAGCAAGCCAUCGAUUUAUAUGCAGCUAGCGGCGGCAUUGCUGCCUUUAAAGUAAUGCCGCAUGAUACAGAAAACUGCAGCAGCUGCAGAUUCGCAGACUUCACUGAUGCGCCCCUACUCUGGUAG